AUGCGGUGCUGUGGAAGGAAGCUGUGGCNCUCAACCACCAUCAUCUCUGCCACUACUUACGUCCCGUUCUUGCCUCAGGGCCCCUCCCGGAACCACGCCAUCACUGCCACAGCAUUCUCUUGCAUCGCUGCUGUGGCUUACGGGACUGAAUUUGUCUGGACCUGGGUGGGUCACCGGCCCAGAAGGAUCAUCACCUAUGUGCAUACGGUGCAUGGCCUGCUCAAGCUGCUGGAGAACUUUGUGGCUUGCAUCAUCUUCGCCUUCAUCAGCAACACCUCCCUGUACCAGCACCAGCCAGCCCUGGUGUGGUGCAUGGCUGUGUAUUCCACCUGUUUCAUCCUGGGGACCCUGGCCAUCCUGCUGGGCUUGGUCUACUGUGACAACUGGCUGCCCAUCCGCUACCCCAUUUCCCAGCUUGGGCUGACCCUGUUUUCCAUCCUCCUCUACAUCAGCGCUCUGGUCCUCUGGCCGCUCUAUCAGUUCAAUGAGGACCUGGGUGGCCAGUCCCAGCGAUCCAGUGAUAUGACCUGCAGAGAUGAGUUCACUACUUACGUGUGCAACUGGGACCAGCGACUGGCUGUGGCUGUCCUGACAGCCAUCAACUUGCUGCUUUACGUGGCCGAUCUGGUGAUCGCCAGCUGUCUGGUCAGUGACAGGCUCCACACACGGGCUCCAGAUUUCCUCCACUUAUGGAGCUAUUAUGUCGUCUGA